AUAUACAGAAAUGGCCACGACAACCUGUACGCGGUUUACCGACGAGUAUCAGCUGUACGAGGAGCUCGGAAAAGGCGCUUUUUCAGUGGUGCGCCGUUGUGUCAAGCUGUCCACAGGCCAGGAGUAUGCUGCCAAAAUAAUCAACACCAAGAAGCUUUCUGCAAGAGAUCAUCAGAAGCUGGAACGGGAGGCUCGCAUUUGCCGUCUGCUCAAGCACCCCAAUAUCGUUCGUCUCCAUGACAGCAUAUCGGAAGAAGGCUUCCACUACCUGCUCUUCGACCUGGUGACCGGCGGCGAGCUGUUCGAGGACAUCGUAGCCAGAGAGUACUAUAGCGAAGCAGAUGCCAGUCACUGUAUCCAUCAGAUUCUAGACAGUGUCAGUUACAUUCACCAACAUGACAUAGUUCACAGGGACCUGAAGCCGGAGAACCUGCUCCUGGCCAGCAAGUGCAAGAAUGCGGCCGUGAAGCUGGCCGACUUCGGACUGGCCAUCGAGGUGCAGGGCGACCAGCAGGCGUGGUUCGGGUUUGCUGGGACGCCCGGGUACCUCUCUCCUGAAGUGCUGAGGAAGGAGGCGUACGGCAAGCCUGUUGACAUCUGGGCCUGCGGUGUGAUCCUCUACAUCCUGCUGGUGGGAUACCCGCCGUUCUGGGACGAAGACCAGCACAAGCUGUACCAGCAGAUCAAAGCGGGUGCUUACGAUUUUCCAUCCCCGGAAUGGGAUACCGUCACACCCGAGGCCAAGAACCUCAUCAACCAGAUGCUGACCAUCAACCCGGCCAAGAGGAUCACAGCCCAGGAGGCUCUCAAGCACCCGUGGGUCUGCCAACGCUCUACAGUGGCUUCCAUGAUGCACAGGCAGGAGACAGUGGAGUGCCUUAAGAAGUUCAAUGCCAGAAGGAAGCUCAAGGGAGCCAUCCUCACCACCAUGCUUGUCUCACGGAACUUCUCAGUGGGCCGGCAGACCACGGCUCCCGCCACCAUGACUGCCGCCGCCGCCGCUGCCGCCGCCGCCGCCGGCACGACCGCGGGGCUGGUAGAGCAAGCAGCCAAGACCCUGCUGAACAAGAAAACGGACGUGAAGCCACAGACAAACAGCACGAAAAACAGCAUAGUCACCAGCCCCAAGGGAAACACCCCUUCUCCUGCUCUGGAACCCCAGACCACUGUCAUCCAUAACCCAGUGGAUGGGACCAAGGAAUCGUCCGACAGCAGCAACGCCACCGCCGAGGACGAAGAUGUGAAAGCUCGCAAGCAAGAAAUCAUCAAGAUCACGGAGCAGCUGAUUGAGGCCGUCAACAAUGGAGACUUCGAAGCCUAUGCGAAGAUUUGUGACCCCGGACUGACCUCCUUCGAACCCGAGGCCCUGGGAAACCUGGUGGAGGGAAUGGACUUCCACAGAUUCUACUUUGAGAACCUUCUGUCCAAGAACAGCAAGCCCAUCCACACCACCAUCCUGAACCCGCACGUGCACCUCAUCGGCGAGGACGCCGCCUGCAUCGCCUACAUCCGCCUCACGCAGUUUGUGGACAACCAGGGCCGACCGCGCAGCAGCCAGUCGGAGGAGACGCGCGUGUGGCACCGCCGCGACUCCAGGUGGCAGAACGUGCACUUCCACUGUUCGGGCGCCCCGGCCGCGCCGCUCCAGUGAGGGGCGACGGCAGAGGCCACUCCUGAGAAACGUGCCCAGCCGGAGAGAGGGAGCGAGGGGGGGCAGGGGGGGCAGGGGAGGGAGAACUGACCCAGAGUUGACAGCUGUGAGCAGGCAGCGCCUGGCCCUCCCUCGCUGGGCACCCGUUCCCGCACCUGUCUUCACCUGCAUGCCUGUCUCUCUGCAGCUGAUGUCACUCGUGCUGCGCUCCUCAUCGCACACCCCGCCGUUACCCCACCCAGCAUCAGUUCGCUGCACCCGACCCGAACGCACGCGCCGCAAGCCGGGACUCGCUUGGGCCCUAGGUAGCCCCUGACAGCGGGAAACGUGCAGUAUCGCGCCCCGAGACCCCGGCUUCUGUGGCGACCCCCCGCUUUCUGUCUUCCCGUCUCACCCUGUCUCGUCUGUUCGUUCAUCGCGGAGCUGCGGCGCUCUCAGACUCUCGCGCACGAGCUCUCGCUGGUGUUAUGAUCGCAGUUGAGGUUUCCGUUGCUACCCUAGGUUUCCACAGCCCAGAUAAUCUGUUUCUCUCACUCUAUUUAGGAAAGCAUGUUUUCUUUCAGUAUGCGCAAUGGCUGUUUUUAAUUGUGCUUAAGUUAUCAAAAGGCGACUCCUGGCUGUUUUCUACCGGCUUCCACGCGCUCUCAAUAGCACUCAGCAGCCUGGUGGCCCAAGUGAGGGCAAAAAUGAUGUUCGGAAAUGGGGGCGGGCGCUGUGAGGGGCAGAGGGAGAGGGGCUGUGUGCCUGAGAUUGACCCUGAUUUCAAUCGCUCAAAUUUCAGCGCUGUGACAUUGCGGCUGGAGGCCCACAGCGUCCGGUUCUUUCCUGUUCGUAGUCCAGGUGAAUGAUGGGAGGAGCGCUCCUCACUGAGAAAGGAGAUCUCAGCCCAUGCGAUUGUUGUUCGUUCUCCUUCUUUCGUGUCGUAUGUCCCAGAGGUUGGAUUCCGCUGCUCUGCUCGAAGAAUUGACCGCUAGCGCUGGUCCAGAGACCGCAGUGACGGUUAAGUUCUCAUCCGGGAGCUGGUCGGCGAUCCGCGUCUCUGGGCUGUACCGUGUGAACCCUACCGUAGGCCUGCAUCAGCUUUAGGAGUGACUCAUGGUGGCAGUGCCACUGUCACACAUUGGACUCCCUGCCAGCUGCCCCUUUCGGAGCCUGAUGUGCAGACGCUCACUGCUGCUGCCUUGCUGUCAUCUUUCACUUGUCCUCAUUCUCCUUCCAAGUCACACUUAUCUUCUUAGGUAAUAUUUAACUAACAAUAUCUACGGGAGCAUCCUAUCCCCCCCACCCCCCCCACCUUCUCUGAGAUAAACGCUCCUUUUCCGUUCCACAGCUGCUUGAUCUCUCUGACACCCUCGCGGUCGCUGCUUCCGCAGCUUUGCCUGGCACGCAGCCUUAUCCAAUUACAAGCCAUAGCACAUCUAAGGGUGCUCUACCGCUGCGCGCUCCGUCGCAGAGUGGGCGCGAUGAGCCGGAUCCCCCGCCGUAGCGCGCCGCCGAACAUCCGCUCCUCUUUCCCGCCGCGCGCGUCGACACCGGUGGCCCUCCGUGAUCGGUGUGCAUCCGUUUCUGCCUGGACAAAGUGACACCCAUCGUUAGAAGACGAAUCGAUGGGGGGGGCUGCUUUCCAGAGGGAGGGACACAUUCGGGAAACAGGCGGUGGGGUGGUGCUGAUGUGCAGUUUAGAAGCAUGGCUUCUUUCGUCAGUUUUCUGUUACCUGCACCAUAAUCGCUGCGCUUUGUCGUGCCGUUCCUCUUAUUGCUGUCAGCAUUGCUCUCUGACACCAUACACACUGGGCUCUCCUGCGCUCUUCCUCUGGCUCUCGCAAUUUUCCACGCGCACGGAUGUCUGCGCUAAACCUUCAGCCGGAGCUCGGGUGCAAAUGAUGGCCUGGAGCACGAAAGUCAUAACGGCGGCAGCACGUCUAAGAAUUCAGUCGAGGUUCUGCGUAGAAAAGGAUCAUUUGCAAGUUUUCCCUUUUUUUUUUUUUAGUUUCUUCUCGUACUCCAUUGGAAAAAGGUUAAAAGGGUUGUUCGAAACUGCCGAGUUCUGGAUAUGGUACCUUCUCAGGUAACAUAUUUUCUCCCAGGAAUCUUUCGAGGGCCCUAGUGGCCCCGCUGCCGCCUCUGCCCUUUGACCUUUCCGGUCAGCAGCUAUCGCUCUGUCCCCAACACACCCGUGAGCUUUGUGGCAGCAGGAAGCAUCCAGUGUUCACCUGGCGGUUCUCCUCAAAGAUGUCAGAUGUGUUUCCUUCACCUCUUUAAGCCAGUCCCAGGGAGACUUCCCCGCAGCGCACACACACCCAUGUGGAGCAGGGCCCUAACGCAGCAGAGCAGGGUGUCAGCUCUCAGCGAGUCUGCGAGUGAGAACUGGUAGGAAUGAGAAGCAAGAGGCUCUGUAAGAUGCCACCACGUGCAGCCUGCUGGCCUGUCCUCAGGAAGUAUUUAUUUUUAUUUAUUUACCAAAACGUGUCGUGCGUUCUACCUCUGUGGUGAAGUGUACAGCAAACCCAGCGUGUCCUCUCGCUCUCACUCUUUGCGUAUUUGCGUGUGUUUUGCUUUCUCAAGUGCUGAGGCAGUCUUGAAGGCCUGGCGAUGCUGCGCCCCGAGGACUAGAGCUGGACUUUUCUCUGCCCUUUCAGUAGAUAAAGUGCGAAGGAGGACCAUGUUGCAUUGAAUGGCUCAGGAGGGAGGCACAGUGUGUUCCAUCUUCUCUUCAUUUUACUCCCCUUUCCACUGAUGUGUCUCAUUUGUGUGCCUGGCCUGGAUGCAUCCGCUCAUUAAGAAUGAAAUGAAAAUUAACAGAUCAUAAGGUAAAAAAAAAAAAAAAACAAACAAAAAAAAAACACCCCUCCCUACUCUGAAGCAGGAGCAAAAACAGCAUGUUGUCUUGUUCUGAUGUUCCUCUCAGUGUGUUAUUCAUUGGAAAAUACUAAUAAUAAUAAUGAUGAUAAUAAUAAUAAACUAUCAGAAGAAGAUGCACAGUAUUGCAAAACUACAGUUAACUAGUUUAAUAGAUGGCAUUUCUUUGCAUGACAUACAAUGGGACACUGGGUUGUGUUUUUUUUUUUCUUUUUCUUUGUUUUUUUUAUUUUACUGAAUGCUGGUAAACUUAACCUUUGUCUAUAUAUUUUCCUAGCUUUGUAAGUGCAUAAAACUAUUUUGUCUCACAGUACUGAUAAUAACGAUGAUGGCGAUGAUGAUGUCAUAGCAAUCGUAAGGCAUGCUUUUGUACAGGGCUCUGUUUUGUCAUGCCAGAGUGGGUCACGUUGCUCAAGUAAAACAGUGUCAGUGGAAAUAACUGAAACUGGACCGGGGGCAAAUUCCAGAAAAGAGCUAUGAUUCCAGAACCCCCUCUUACUUUGUGCUUGAUUUGCUAGAACCAAGAUAUAACGGAGAAAAUGCCAUGCAAAAAAAAAUUUGUAUUUCUUUUAAAAAAAAAAAAAAAUAUAUAUAUAUAUAUAUAUAUAUACACAUAUAUGUAUAUCACCCAGCAGGUAGCACAGUGAUACACAACAAUGCACCAAAGCCAAUAAUAUGUCAGCAUUAAAGAAGACCAUUAUCAAGUAUCGACAUUUUUCUUUCUGCAUUAAGUAUACUGAUUCUUCAGUAUUCCAGACAAUGCAUUGGUUCAGCGUGGAUGUUAUAUCAUCGCUUUUCAAACAGCAGUCUGUCCCACGAAAUUUACCUUUGAAGCGAUACGGUAAUACUCCCUCAUUUAAUAUCAGUAUUUCCUACUUCUUUUCAUGGAUGUAGAAGUAGGUACUACAUUGGAAGAGAUCGUGAUUUUGUUUUCAGGGAACGUAACGGUCGAAAAUGACGGACUCGUGAUGGACAGUUGCAGCUAAGACACCGGUGUGUGGCCUUACCUCAUGGAGCAGCUCCUGCUGAGAUGACUGGGUCCAGUGGUCAUUCUGUGCUGCCCAGUGGAAUUGGUGGCCCACACACCCGUGGUGCUGGCAAGUGAGAGUCCCUUUAGAGAUCUGGCCGGUGACUCUGGUGUGUAGUUCCCGUAAAGAAGUGCUGUUUUCUCCCUUGCAGUGACUCUCUCCUGCUCUGACAAUCCUGAGCUAACUCUUUGUAGUGUUCCUGGUCCCUUUUUCCUGCUCACCCCUUGUUUUUUUCUUAGAAUCUUAUAUAGUUUCUGGAGUUGAGACUUUGUGUUUCUGUUUUUGUCAGUUGAGGAUUUCUGUUGAACAUGGUAUCCUAUAAUUCAUUGGGUCCUCUUACUACGCUGUCCUCCAAUGUGACCUGUAUUCUCUAACUUAAUGAAAUGUAUUAAAAUGUUAUCAAUAAAAAAAACAAGUAAAACAU